GAAAGAUGAAAGGGGCGGGGCUUCUGAUGUGUCCUCUGGAGAAUAGAACACCGAAGACAGAAUUGCAGGAACCCCCGGCGUGGCCGCCAUGCAGUUCUACGUGUCUCGUCUCCUGCUAAUGGUGACCAGGGCCGCCCUGCGGGUGUCCGGGGUCAUGUUCUGGAUCCUGGUGUACACGGCCGCCCUGCUCUCCGCGGCUUCCUACCUCCCCGAUGCUUUGAGGCUGGUGAUCAGAAGACCCUUGGGAGCGUUUCACUGGGGGCCCCGUAAGACGGCACCGCACUGCUUAAUGAGCAGCGCCCACGGGCAGCACGGAAACCUCAGGAUCAAGAAUUCCGGGAUCCGGUUCCAUUAUGUGGCUUCGGGAGACAAAGGGAGUCCGUUAAUGUUACUGCUGCAUGGGUUUCCAGAGAACUGGUACUCGUGGAGGUACCAGCUUGAUGAGUUCUCGCGCGGCUACCGGACAGUAGCUGUUGAUUUAAGAGGUUUUGGCAGCACGGACGCCCCGUCUAACCUGCAGGAUUACAAAAUAGAGACCCUGCUGCAGGACGUGCGAGAUCUCAUUUGGGGUCUGGGUUACUCCAGCUGUGUUCUGGUCGGCCACGAUUGGGGAGGUACUCUGGCGUGGACGUUUGCUGUUCGCCACCGUAAUAUGGUUACCCAUCUUAUCGUCAUGAAUGCGCCUCACCCCUCGGCCUUCCAUGAUUAUGUGCUGCUGCAUCCAUCACAGCUCUUCUCGUCCCGGUAUGUCUUCCUCUUCCAGUUGCCGUUCUUGCCCGAAAUCCUGCUGUCCAUGGGUGACUUUGAGUACAUCAGAAAGCCGAUGACAGAUUCCAUUCUGGGGAUACAGAGCAGGGAGCGGAGGCUGAGCAAAGACGAGACAGAGGCAUUUAUAUAUUACAUCUCCCAAAAGGGCGCUCUGACACCCCCACUCAACUACUACAGAAACCUGUUUGGGUUCUUUCCGGUGAAGGCUCAGGACGUGCUGGUGCCCACGCUUCUCCUCUGGGGGGAGAAUGACGCCUUCUUGGAGGCUGACAUGGUCCCAGAGAUGAAGCAGUAUGUCCACGGGCCCUUCCGGACGGAGAUCAUAGCCAACGCCAGCCACUGGCUUCAGCAGGACCAACCCCAGGAGGUCAACAGAAUCAUGAGGGACUUUCUGAGAGAUGAUGAUGUAGAUGGAAUACAGCAGGCCGCCUAACGGAACGUUGCGUAUAACUUUCGGGCUCGCCGUAGACACGCUCGUCGUAUCAGACGAGGUGUGAAACAAUAUGAUAGUGAAUGGCUUUAAGAGCAGUUAUGAAGACAUAAUGAAAGAAGCCCCAUUUUAGGGUAUAUUUUAAACGCUUUAUUUUAA